UAUACUUAUGCCAACUAAUAUAUUUUAUUUUGUUCAAGGAUCUUGACAGUACAAUUUUAGAUUUACUGCUGAAUACAGAACAAAGAAUGUGUGUUAGACAUGUUCUAGCCAACUGGUCUAAGGAUUGGAGAGGUAUUGAAAAAAGAAAUUGUUUUUCGAAGUGUGCUAAAUUUACAUAUGAGCAAGAAUUAAGAAGAAAUUUAGAUCAAAUGAAGAUGUUAGGAGAUAAAAUUUAUGAAGAUCUUCUGUUGUACAACAUAGAAAGGUGGUCUAAGGUUUACUUUAAAUAUCAUAACUGAUGUGAUAGUGUUGACAACAACAUGGCUGAAAGCUUCAAUUUAUGGAUAUUAGAGGCAAAAUACAAUACUAUCAUAUCAAUGCUUGAGGAAAUAAAGGUUAAGAUGAUAAAAAGAAUAGGACUGUUGAGACACUUUUCUGAAACAUGGAUAACUGAUAUUUCUCCUAUAGCACUAAAGUGUUGCAAGAUAACAUAUUAAAAUCAAUCAAGUGUACUCUUGAGUGGAAUGGUGAAUUUGGUUUUGAGGUUAAGGAUAGAUGGAGAAAUACUUUUAUAGUGAAUUUGAGGGAUAAUACUUGUACAUUUAGGUCUUGGAUGUUAAAAGGUAUACAUUGUUGUCAUACCAUAGCUGCACUACACUUUAGAAGGCUAAAACCCAUUAACUAUGUUGCAGAUUGGUCUACUAAUGAAACUUACCUCAAGACCUAUAGUUACUUCAUUCAGCCUGUGACUGGUAUGAAAAUGUGACCCAAGUCAAUCAAUCUUUCUGUUAUACCACCUACAAUAAGAAAUCUUCCAGAUAGACCCAGUAAAUCUAGAAAAAAAAAAAGCAGAAUGAAAACAGGACUUGAAAGUUGUCAAAAAGGAGAGUUGAGAUGACUUGCAGCACAUGUCACAACAAGGGUCAUAAUAAAAGGAGUUGUCCAUUGAAUUCAAGUUUAACUAGAACUAGUGUGGGUUCUUCUUCUACAGCACCAAGCACAAGUAGAGGAAGAGGAAGACCAAAAGGUUAUACAAAGGUUGUUGCAGCAGCAGUAGCAGCUGCUGCUACUGAUAGAGGGAGAGUAUCACCUGCAGCAACUGCUGGUACUAUUGGUGUUGAUAGAGGAAAAGGGACUGCAACUUAUGUUGUUAAUAGUGCUACUGGUAGAGGUAGAGGAGCUAAUACUGCAGUUGGUGGUGGAGCUGAUAGAGUAGAGGAGUUGGUACUGCAGUUAUUGGUGGAGCUGGUAGAGGUAGAGGAGCUGGUGCUACAGUUGUUGGUCAAGUUGGUAGAGGUAAAGGAGUUAAUGUUGCUGUUGUUGAUUGUGUUGGUACAGCAAGAGGAGAUGGUGUCAGUGGUACUAACAAAGGUAGAGGGACAGCUUAUAAAAGACCUAGAAUGGUUAGAAUGGGGGUGCUUCAUACAGAGAAUGGUUUUAAAAUCCUCAAUGUAAGUUAAAAUUUCUUGAUUAUAUUUGUCUAGUUCAAAGUAAACCUUUUUCAAGUCUUUAGUUAAAUUUGUUCUCUUUUAUUUUUGUCAGCCAGAAAUGCCUAUGAACUCCUCCAUAGUGACUGAAAA